ACUGUAGAGUCUGGGGGCUGGGAGAAGGAACUUCGUGUCAGGGGUUUCUUUUUAUGGGUGAAAACAAAUGCCCACGGUUUGAGACUUUCCCUGUGGUAUGUAGUGAGUGGAGGAGCCCAACUUUCUUUACUGUGAGGCUGCAUUAGGCAGCCAACAGGUGUUGAGCCUUACUAAGCUUUCCGAGCUGGGAUUAUUUGGUAAAGGGGAACCAGCCCAGUGUUGCAGGGGCAGCAUUAACCCCAGGGGAAGCGUAGAACUUUGCUGAGAAGGGGUGCUUGGGUGGAGGUUGAGGGAGGGGCAGGAGCUGCUGGGAUGGAGGAGGAGACUUGUUUUCACCUGGAAAACAGCAUGGGGCAGGCGUGGAAAGAGCACUGAUUUGGGAGGUGGAAUCCUGGAGCCUGAUGGAGCAAGAGGUUUCCUGUGGGCGGUGGGUCUCUUGAGCCAUGAGAGGAGAGAAGUACAUCUAGCAGGGCCUCCUGUGCUGCUCCGAGAGAUUUGGAUUUGGUCCUGAAAGCUGAAUUCGGGAGAUGCGUAUCUUAGAUACCCUGUGGUGUAGAAAAGCGUUGGAUAGUGAGCAACCACCCCCGGGAGCUCAUUGCAGUAAUUCCCAGGAGAAUUGCUGAGGGUUUUAAAGGGUGACGGUGGGAGAGGAGAGGAGAGGAGAGGAGAGGAGAGGAGAGUUGUGAAUUGGUAUGGAGAUGGAAUACACCAUACCCAGUAUUGUUCAGUAAGAAUGUAUUGAAGAGGACUCUGUUCCUGGAAUUUUCCAACCUGUGACUAUCUGUUAAGGAAAUGCCCAGCAUUUUUUUUUAAACUGCAGAUGUUGCUUUGUAGAUGGUAAUCGAAUCCCAGUUUGUGGUGGGGAAAUGGUCACAUGUAUCAAAGGUGUUGAGGUCAGAAUGAUUAAACAUACUGGACUCUUGUAACCCAGUGGAUGCAAAUUAAACCCAUACUUCGAUCACGUUCUAUCCAUCAGAUUAGAAAUAAUAAAGUUUGAGGAGGAGCAAGAUGGGAGACGCCGAAGAGGGUGCUUUUCGGCAGGCAGGACCCUCCACUGCCCCAGUUUCGUUCAGCUUCAUUCGCACGGCUGCCCAGAGACGGCUGGCAGACCCCGGAGAUGGCCUGGGUGCGGCUCCCAAAGAGAAGGGUUUCUUGAUUGUGGAAGGAAGGAAAUUGCAGAGUGUUAACCCCUCAGAAGCCCCCAGGGAACUCGUUGUCCCUUUGAUUCAAAAUGGCCCUGGAAGACGGCCACCAGCCCAGGCUCCUGGCCCAUCUGCUGAGGCCAUGGUGGAUGGGGUGCUGUCCCAGGCUGUGAAGGAGCUCGUGGAGGAAUCCAAGAAGUCUCUGGAGGAGGAAGAGAAUGAGGGUGUUGACCCCAUACUCCCUAUCUCCGUGAUCCUGAACAGAUGCACACCCAGGGAGGAAGGGGCAGACAGCGAGCCCGUACCCAAAGAGGCAGAUUACGAGGCAGUCCCUGUGGAGGCCUAUGGGCUGGCCAUGUUGCAGGGCAUGGGCUGGAAACCUGGCCAGGGCAUCGGCCGCACCUUCAGUGAAGUGGUGAAGCCCCGUGUCCACACACCGAGGCCUAAGAGGUUAGGGCUAGGCACCAGCCUGAUGGAGCUCCAGGCCCUGGCCCCCACCAGCCCCCUCCGCCUGCUGAGGCCAGAUGAGGAACACGAGAAAGGUGAGGAGGACCAGCCUCAAGGACUGGCACCUGGAGGAGCUGUGGCGGUGCUUUCUGGCCGUCACCAAGGCCUCUAUGGUAAGGUGGAAGGCGUCGAUCCUGACCGUGUUCAGGCCGUGGUUCGUUUGGCCGUGGGGAACCGCCUGGUGACUGUGCAGGAGCACUUCCUCAGGACCGUUUCCCAGCAGGAAUUUGACAAGAACUCCUUGGAUCUCAGCCAGGUGAGCAAAACUUCUCCAGGGGGAACAGCCUUGUCCCGGAAGGCCUUCCAGGAUCCAGACCUCCCCACCCAGCGGGGAGCAGAAGAGAGGAAGAGGAAACACCUUCCAGGCCGGCAAGAGGAGCUGCCACCCAAGAGGGAGAAAGCAGCUUCCAGGAGGCAGCACUGGUUGCACAGGGACCUGCGUGUGCGGUUUGUGGACAAACUGCACAAGUAUUAUAACACCAAGAUGACGAUUGAAGAUGUCUUCAGUCCAGAUACUUGUAUAUGUCAGACAGAUGAAGGCCAGGUCCUGGAAGGCGUCAGGGAAGACAUGCUGGAGACCCUUGUCCCCAGGGUCCAGGGCAGCCGAGUGAUGGUGGUGCUGGGGCCACAGGCUGGAAGGGUGGGCCAUCUGCUGCGCUGGGACAGAGAGCAGAGCCAGGCCGUGGUUCACCUGCGGAGAGAGAAUCGGCUGGUGGAGCUGCACUAUGAUGCUGUCUGCGAGUACGUGGGUCCCCGUGACUCAGACGAAGACUGACCCAUGGAUUCACUCCGUUCCCCAGGCAGUUACCAGUUCUGUCCUGUGAAAAGCCUGUCUUUGUGAAGGUGGGGAGGUCAUUGUUCCGUCCUGCACGUGCAGCCCUGGACGGUACAAAAUGGAUAGACCAGAAGAGAGGCUAGCAAACCUAGUAUUUACCAGCAUUAAUAUAAAAUAAAAACCAUUUUUAAAAAAUGAUAAAGUUUGAUACUAUCAAGAAUGUUAGGUAUUUGAAGAAAGGAUUCACUACAAGUAGAAGUGAACCUUCAAACACUAUAGCUACUAGCAAAAUGGGUAUAUCUUAAGACUCAAUGGUUCUACUUAUAGAAAGUAGCUAGAGAAACAGACAUUAGUAUACAAGAAGAGGAGUAUUAGGAUGUUUAUGGGAACAUCAUUUAUAAUGGUAAAGAAAGAUCGGAAUAGACUAAAUGUCCAUUAGUAGGGGACUGUUUAUAAAGUGGAUAUAUAUUUUUCUAAAAGUAUAAUAUAUUGAUUAGAAAGAAAAUGCUAGCUUCCUAUAGUGGUUACCUUGUGAUGUGGGGAGAAUGGGACAGCACAUGGGGAAAAUUUCAUCUUUAAUGUUUUGUUUGUUUUAUGGGGAAAGAGACUUAACAGAUUUACAAAGUAUUAGCUGUUGAUGGCCUUUGAUAGGUAAUAAGAUGUUUUGUGUUAUAUUUUAUUUAUUUCUGAGGUUAAGUAUCUACCCUUCAAUUUCUUGCAACAUAAAUUGGAACAAAUUUUAACUUAAUAUGUAGCUAUAAAAUUCAUUUGGGGAAAAGACUGUAAACUACAAUGAUACCAGGUUUCAUAAAUGGAAAUUCAAGUGUUAAAUAAGCAGAGAAAAUAAAAAUUUGGAAAAACCAUUAACCAUUGGCCAAUCUUAUUUUGCUAGAUUUCUAAAUUUUUCUUACCAUUAGUAGAUUUAAAAAUGAAUUUUGCCCUAUUUGGGUGGUUCAGUUGGUCACUGUCUUCCUGUACAUCAAAAGGCUGCAGGUUCAAUUCCUGGGCAGGGCACAUGCCUAGGUUGUGGGUUCAGUCCCUUGCCGGCUGGUAUGGGAGGCAAGGAUCAGUGUUUUCGCUCUCAUAUCCAUGUUUCUCUCUCCUCCCUUCCUCUCUAAAAAUCAAUACAAACAUAUCCUUAGGUGAGGAUUAAAAAAAUGAAUUUUUUACUAUUCUGAUGUACGAUUAGUUGCUUAUACCUUUGUAAUGUUAAAAUAUAAUUUAUCAAGAAAAAGGUAAAGUCCAUCACUCUAUACAGAUAUAAAAAUGAGCAAGUAAGUUAAAGAUUAUAUUUAACUCAUUCAUGAGGAAGCUUCUAGGUCAGAAAAUAGUGAAAUGAAUGUGCAGAUGGAGGCAAAACUGGCUUAUUUCUGCAGUGGGAGAAGUCAGUCGAUCCUCCACUUGAUAGAAUUAAUUUGAAUGUCUUUGUAUAAGAAUUAUUUGCAUUGUUAUCCAAAGUUUAUAGAGGUGUAAGAAAAACUCCAGUAGAAUUUUUAGAUAUUAGAUACCCUAGAACAGUGGUUCUCAAUCUGUGGGUCGCCACCCUUUGGGGAUCCAACAACCCUUUCACAGGGGUCGCCUAAGACCAUCGGAAAACACAUAUAAUUACAUAUUUUUGUGAUUAAUCACUAUGCUUUAAUUAUGUUCAAUUUGUAACAAUGAAAAUACAUCGUGCAUAUCAGAUAUUUACAUUACGAUUCAUAACAGUAGCAACAUUACA